ACAGAGGACAGAGGGGACUCCACAAUGGGAGACAGUUUCCGCGAGCAGCUGGCGGAGGACAGCGCCUUCCUCAAAGCGGAGCGGAGGCUGGACACGGAGCUGGUCGACAAAGUGAUCCUGCAGCUGAACAGAAUCUACCCGCAAAUCCUCUCCGACAAGGAGGCCACAAAAUUCAGAAACUUGGACGUGCCCACAAGCGUCCGACUCGGUGAGCUUCUGGCGCAUCUGCAGGGGAAAGGAGAGGAAGCAUGCCGAGAGUUCUACAGAGCGCUUCACUUGCAUGUGGAGGAGGUGUACUACAGCAUGCCCACACGGCUCCGCCUCAGAGAUUCCUUAGAUCCACUGGCAUAUCCACGUAUCUACCAACAGAAAUAUGUUCUGAACGACAGAGGUCCCCUCUUCUUUAUGGGCUGUUUCAGCGUUGCCAUAGGAAUGUCUUUACUCUAUUACUACAGUGAGGCCAAAGUGACGGGAGGUAGCCGGACUCUCGGGAUGGCUGCUCUGGGUUUGAAAAGAAAAGCUCAGGAGGUUCUCAUAUGGUACACUGAAGAAAGACUCAUGAAGUGAGGGAGUGAGUCCCUCACAACCAGUCGCUUCAGCAGGACUGCUCUUAGAAAUGCCACUUGUACCAAAGCACAGCACAGUAUAUCUUUUCGAGAGUUGAAUGCUCAGUUUGUACACAGGUUUACUGCAUAUAGUUGUUUUUUUGUGUGAUCUAAAUUUCUCCGUUUGGAGAAGUUUAGAUAUGGGGUCAAAUCAGAUUUGCAUUUGGCACUUUUCUCUUAUUUUCCCAUGUGUUGAUAUCUAUUUAAGUGGAAUAAAGGAACUGCAUGCACUUAAAGGGUGAACACAGUGACGGCAAAAACAAGCUAAUUAAGCAAAUUUGACAACACUGACAACAAAUAUAUUUUCUUUAAAUUUCAUUAUUAGGAACAUGUGCUAACCAAAAAGGAAGUAUCUUUGCUCUGGCUGUCUGUGUAAUGUUUGAAUUGAAAAGGGAAAUAUUGACUGCACUAGUGAUAAAAUAUGGCAGUUUGAAUAAAUUAAGUAUCAAUAAUUGCAGGUACA